AGAUGAGCACAUGAGCCUUGGUUUCAGACAUCAGCAAUACCACAGGUUAUGCACAUGAUUUGCAUGAACACCUCUCUCUCUCUCGGAUGGUGUUCAUUUCCAGGCACAAAGAUCUCACUGUUCAUUCUUGUUCGUUCUCCGUUUAUCUCACGUGGUGUCCACCUUCUACACAGACAAGCCUAAGGACAGCAAAGAUUGCACACAUAAAUCAUGCUGGCCUGGCUGAGAGCUGCCAUCUUCCUUUUCAGUGUGCAGAGGGUCAAGAACUUCCAGUCACCUCUGGUCUGUGUGAACAUUUCAUGCCUCACUUGUGACACCAAGCCUUCAAAAGUUUUUCGAGGCCAGCCGGAUGACAGCUGUUCCCUGUGCUCAAACGUGACAGUGGAAGAUGGUGCUGCUAAAAUCUGUUUCCACGAAAUUCCAACAAGUUGCAAAAAAGAUCUCUUGGUGUCCCAGAACAUCAGUACCAUGAGCUUGUCGGUCGGCCAGAGCACCAACCUAAGCUGUAACUAUACGGAGACCCCAGAGCCCACGGCGUUUAGAUGGUACAAAGAUGACACUCUUCUGCCGAGCACAAAUACCAGCCAGCUGUCACUGAACAGUGUCAACCAAUCCGCUGGUGGGAAUUACUGCUGCAUAUAUGAGAACGUAUGUGGAAAUUAUUCGUCAGAAUGUGUACAAAUCACCUUAGGAAGCAAUGGUAACGAGAUGUUGGUCCUCAUCGUGUGCAUUUUGGCAGCAGUGGUCUUCCUCUUCCUGUUCACCUGUGGAGCGAAAUGGUUCCUAAAGAGAGAUAUCGCCAAGGCCAGACACAUGCAUAAAGAGCAGAGCCCAGUAACUGAAGUCUCCACCUUCUGAUUCCAAGCAUAAAUGCUGCGCCAGACUGAGACACGAAGACUUAAAUGAAUAUGAAUGUGUUUUCUUUCCUCGUGUGCCAUACUCUAGACAUUU